CCGAGCCCUCUGCCUAUAGUCGGCCUAGCGGAUUCCAAUUUCCACGAGUCCGCCUCCAAUUUCCCCGCAGGCAACAGCAGCUGGGCUCCCCACACCCCGAGAUCUCCUCCCCGACCAGCCUCGAGAUCCCUGCGCCCAUGUCGUCCGCGGCGGCCAUGGACGCCAUGGACGAGCUCGUCCAGCUCUCCGAGUCCAUGCGCCAGGCCGCCUCGCUCCUCGCCGACGACGACCCCUCCGACGACGCCACCCCGCGCCGCCCCUCCACCUUCCUCAACGCCGUCGCGCUCGGCAACGUCGGGUCCGGCAAGUCGGCCGUGCUCAACAGCCUCAUCGGCCACCCCGUGCUGCCGACGGGGGAGAACGGGGCCACGCGGGCGCCCAUAGUCGUCGACCUGCACAGGGAUCCGGGCCUCAGCACCAAGUCCAUCGUCCUGCAGAUCGACAGCAAGUCGCAGCAGGUGUCCGCAAGUGCGCUCCGGCAUUCGCUGCAGGAUAGGCUCAGCAAGGCCAGCGGACCCGGGAGGAGCCGAACUGAUGAGAUUUACCUCAAGCUGAGAACUAGCACAGCUCCUCCACUGAAAUUGAUUGAUUUACCUGGCAUAGACCAACGAGUCAUCGACGAUUCAACGAUUAAUGAGUUUGCUGGGCACAAUGAUGCAAUAUUGAUUGUUGUGAUACCAGCAAUGCAAGCCGCUGAGGUUGCAUCCUCUCGAGCUCUUCGACUAGCGAGGGAUAUCGAUCCAGAAGGAACCCGAACAAUAGGAGUCUUGAGUAAAAUCGAUCAAGCCGCAGCAGAUGCAAAGACAGUUGCCUGUGUUCAGGCCAUUUUGUCUAAUAAGGGUCCACGCGCAUCAGCUGAAAUUGAAUGGGUUGCUUUAAUAGGGCAGUCUGUUGCAAUUGCGUCAGCUCAAUCAGGGUCAGUUGGGUCCGAGAAUUCACUGGAAACAGCUUGGCGAGCUGAGGCAGAAAGCCUUAAAUCCAUCUUAACCAGUGCUCCUCAGAACAAGCUUGGCAGAAUUGCUCUUGUAGAUACCAUUGCUAAGCAGAUACGUAAACGGAUGAAAGUGCGACUACCUAGCAUGUUAUCUGGGCUUCAGGGCAAGUCCCAGUCAGUGAAAGAGGAACUUUCAAAGCUGGGGGAGCAGAUGGUACAAAGCUCAGAAGGAACCAGGGCUGUUGCUUUGGAGCUGUGCCGAGAGUUUGAAGAUAAGUUUCUUGCUCAUGUCACUUCUGGUGAGGGGUCUGGUUGGAAAAUUGUUGCAAGUUUUGAGGGCAAGUUUCCGGAUAGGAUCAAACAGCUUCCAUUGGACAGGCAUUUUGACAUGAACAACGUCAAAAGGAUUGUCUUGGAAGCUGAUGGUUAUCAACCAUAUUUGAUAUCUCCGGAGAAAGGUUUAAAAUCCUUGAUUAAAGGAGUACUUGAAAUGGCAAAGGAGCCAUCACGGCUAUGUGUUGACGAGGUACACCGUGUAUUGUUAGACAUAGUAAAUGCCACUGCAAAUGGCACACCAGGGCUUGGAAGAUAUCCUCCAUUCAAACGCGAGAUCAUUGAAAUUGCAUCUAACGCGUUGGAUACAUUCAAAAAUGACGCGAAAAAGAUGGUUGUUGCGCUUGUUGAUAUGGAGCGUGCCUUUGUCCCCCCGCAACAUUUCAUCCGUUUAGUACAAAGAAGAAUGGAAAGGCAGCGUCGUGAGGAGGAGGUGAAAACUAAAUCAUCUAAGAAAGCACAAGAUGCUGAACAAUCCAUGAUGAACAAGGGUUCAAGCGCACAGGCAGGAUCUGAGCAAACUGGUGGUAACCUGAAAUCAUCAAAAGACAAAUCCAAUCAACAAGAUAAAGAUAACAAAGAGGGACCUAAUCUGCAGGUUGCUGGUCCUGGUGGCGAAAUAACUGCAGGUUACCUGUUGAAGAAGAGUGCAAAAAACAAUGAAUGGAGCAGAAGGUGGUUUGUCCUAAAUGAGAAGAGUGGAAAGCUUGGAUACACCAAGAAACAAGAGGAGAGGCAUUUUCGAGGCGUCAUUGUCUUAGAGGAAUGUAACAUGGAAGAGAUAGAGGAGGAAGAUAUUUCUAAGAAUUCCAAGGAUUCAAAGAAGGCGAAUGGCCAAGAGAAAGGCCCAAGUCUUUUAUUUAAGAUUACUAACAGAGUUGCCUACAAAACUGUGCUGAAAGCUCAUAGUGCCGUUAUAUUGAAGGCUGAGAGUAUGGCUGACAAAAUUGAGUGGAUGAAGAAGAUAAGAGGUAUUAUUGAGAGCAAAGGUGGGUCUGUCAAGGGUUCAAACACUCCUGAGGGUGGUCCCAUAAGACAAAGCCGUUCAGAUGGAUCCCUUGAUACAAUGGCCCGUAGGCCUGCUGAUCCGGAAGAAGAACUCCGAUGGAUGUCUCAAGAAGUUCGUGGUUAUGUUGAGGCUGUUUUGAACAGUUUGGCAGCAAAUGUUCCAAAGGCUAUUGUGCUUUGCCAAGUGGAGAAAGCAAAGGAAGAUAUGCUAAAUCAGCUGUACAGCUCAAUAAGUUCACAAAGUAAUGCAAAGAUUGAAGAACUUCUCCAAGAGGACCACAAUGCUAAACGUAGACGGGAAAAAGCUCAAAAACAAUCAUCUCUUCUGUCAACACUUACUCGUCAGCUCAGCAUCCAUGAUAAUAGAACUGCAGUUUCAUCAUAUUCUGAUGAUACUUCUGCCCCGGAGAGUACCCCACAGAGCCCGUCAGGUGAGGAAUGGAGGUCUGCCUUCAGUUCUGCAGGAAAUGGCUCUGCUGACCGAUCCAGUUCCCACAAUGAAUCAAGAUCGAGAAGUGCUGACAGUCGUGGUCGGCGGUAUGAAAAUGGGGACGCAAAUGGUUCCAGUUCAGGCAGCCAACGCAAACCAAAUAGGUUGCCACCGGCACCACCGAAAUACUAGGGGCGUUGAUCGGCAUCUAUGAAAACCAUAUUUUCAUGGCAUGCUCUCAUCCCCUGACGAUAUUGGUGGAAAAAGAAAUAUGGAUUGAAGAAUGGAGAGCGGACGAGAGAUUGCAUGCAUGGUCUGUAUCCAGAGGACCUCAGUUGUUUAUAGAAAUACGUAGGUUAUCUAUGGUGGUUUUUUCACGAUCAUUUUGCCGUAUUGAUCGAUAUGAUGUGCUCUCAACCUGUCAGAUUUUGUGGCCACAGAUCAGUUGAUCUUGGUUCUGAACUCUGUUGUUGUAACUUGUAAGUCUUCCGUCAAACUGGCAAUGUAUUAUAUUCACCCAUUGGUGUAUUAUUUCUACCAUUCUUUUUUUAA